UCAGUGUCGCUGUUACUACGGUGUCGUCUGCGUUUUUACAUCCAGACUGUGUGAACUCGUAUAAUAUUGUAUUUAUUAAAACGUGGAUCAAAGGUGUUGGAUACGUCAGUGUUUAUAAUAUUUAUUUAUUACUGAAGUUCUAUACGAGAAGGCAGGGAGCCAGUCUUCAAGAUGAAGCUCUCCCUGGUUUUCGAGUUGCUUCUAAUAUUCAUACUCUUGGCUUUUGCCGCAUCAAAGAGUGUCAGAAAAGAGAAAAAUAAUGUAAAGAAAGGUAUACAGAACAGGAACGAUGACGACAAGGUUGACGAGAACAGCAUCAACAAGUACUGCAAAUGUGUGGAGGCUUACUGCAACUGCUGCAGAGAGUUCCGACUGCCUGUAGUCGAACUAAAUGGACCAGGAUGUGCCUCCUUGAUGUACCUCAACGGUGACAAAAUGUCCGUGUCUUUGAGCUUUGGAAAGAAGGUCAUCACAAACCGGACACUGUCCAGUCGCAAACCCAGCCCCGUUUGUAUGCCGCUACCGGGUGGGUUAUCCAAAUUUUGCGGACGAGUUUACAACAUUGCUAGAGCUGGGGAAGAAUUCAGAGCUUGCCUCGGCCUAGAGCUGCAAUCGAAAAGUACAGUGGAGGCUGCUGUUCGCGUGUCCUGCUUCAAAUUUGGCCCAAGAGGAGUGACCUCAGAACCAGCUGAUCCACUACCAUUAGUUCCUCAAGAUGAAAAGGCUGAGGACGACGAUGAUGAUGAUUAUGAAGAUGAUGAUGCAUUCGGGCUGGGCGCUGAUGAAGAUGAUGACGAUGAUGAUGACGACGAUGAUGACGAUGAUGACGGUACACUCGAUGCCGUCAACGAUGUAGACAGCGCGGAUUACACAGGUUUCAGUCUUCUUGGAGAAGAUAUACUGGGAGAUCUGUUUGGAUCAACAGGUGGAAAAAAAUCGAACAAAAAUAAGAAAAAACAAGCACCUGCCCCGUCUACCACAACGACGACUACUACCAGGCGCCCCCGUCCCUCACGACGACCUUCCAGAAGACCUGGUACGAAAACUACAACACCACGGCCAAGGCGCACCACUACUGUAAAAACUAGACCUACCCCUGGAAACAAACGUCCGACUCGCAGACCAAACAGAAGGCCGACUAGAAGGCCAACUACUGAAAGUACUUCUACGUCGAUUCUGACAACUACCACCACUGUCAGCCCUACACCUAGUUCAAUUGCUACUUCUCAAGUAACAGAAAGAAUCCCUGUAAUGACCACUAUUCUAGAGCAGUCCCAGGCACCAGUAUCUGCUAUUGCUGAAAACCCCACACCAGCUGUAGUAGUUGCUACUACUCCUAAAAGCGUCACUGACUUUGAAGAUUCUGGACUGGAGAUGUCGUUAGCCCACAUUACUGGACAAUUGUCUGCGAUGCCCGUUACACCUAUGAUUUCAAAUGACGGUAAAGUUUCCAGUGUAAUGGAUAAAGAAGAAUCAGAUAACUACGAGAAAGUACUGACCAUUACUCCAAAAACACCAUCAACCAUAUCCUUCAUACCAACUUCCGAAGAAACUGUAAAUGAAGAUAUGAUACAAAUUGUGCAAAGUCUCGACUCUGCUGAAAGGGAACCAAUAUCUGGAGACGAAAGUAGAGCUCAGACGUAUCAGUUUGGUUCUCCAGUCCCAGACAGUUACUAUGAAGGUCUAAGUCUACCAAAGAAGAAGAAUAAGAACAAACAAUUUAACCUACAUGAUUUAGACGUUCUUAAUUUGAGUCAAAUUGGAGAAACUUUGGGUGAUGAACUAGGAAUAUUUGGUAAAAAUAAAAGACAGAACAGAGAUAACACAGAUACGAAAGUACAGGGUGAGAAAGAAAAAGAACAAAGCAACGAUUACGAUGAAUUUGUUGACACAAUAAGUGACAUGGCACUUAUGAUGAGGAAGGACGGCAACAAAAACCACAAAAACAAGAAGGACAGGAGAAGACAAAACAAAAUGAUGCGCGAGUGGUCACAAGUAUGACGUCGUAGUCAGGCUAGUUCUAAGUAGCUUUAAACUAUUUAUUUUUAUACUUAACUUAUUUUAUUGUGUGUGUUGUAAAUAGAAAAAAAUUGUAUGAGAUUAU